AUGAAUCGCUUGACAUUCGCCACGAUAGUGGCAUCCCUCUUCGCUACCACCACUGCCCAAGCUCCACCCUUCCACAUCGAGAACUUCGCCGCUCAAGACAUUCGCAUUCCAAGCGAGUCCCACAACGUCUCCUUCACGGUCAAACACCUCGGAGCAGCUCCUCAACAGGGAGGAGACGCGCCAUUCGACCUCUCCAUCGCCUGGGAAGGCUGCGACCCACCCCCCUGCUACAUCAAUAGCGAAGGGACAGGAUGGUACACUCGCAUCGUUCCAGGCUCCUACAAAGGCGCCACCGACUUCACGCUCGAGAUCGUCAAGCAUAAUAUUUACAAGGCUGCUACGACGUGGACGGCCAGGAUCCCCUACGUGGAGGGAAGCGCAGGGUAUGACUGCUCGCGAGGUGGACAGAGUACGCUUUGUGGGUUCCAGGACGAGAGCGAUUCGACAUAUGAGACUGUGUAUGUCGGUGGUUUGGAAGCGGAGUACCCGAGUCCGCGGUGUUAG